GGGGGGCUGUGAGGCUGACUGAGGAGAUGAAGGGAGGAGUCUGGCAGGGGGAGCCAGCAAAAGCUGGUUUGUGCGUGAGGAAGGCUGAACAGCAGAAUCAGGGUGAGAUCUGAUGGGUGUUUGGGAAGCUGGGGAACAGGAUUUGCUGGGCAAGCUGCCUGGGGACAAUAUGAGGAAGGCUUUUGGAGGUAAGACUGAUGAGUUUGGGACUUGUCACUGUUGAUGCUGGGUUUCUUCAGAAGAUAGCAGCCUACUGCCACCAUAGGUUAUUCUAUUAGAGUUUCGCUUAGGUGAUUUUGAUCACUGGAGACUUUGCAUUACACAGAACUCCAUACUGGGGCCUCCCAUCUGAAAACAUCUUCCGAAGAAGCCUUUGGACUUCACCUUAAGAAAGACAGGUUUACUCUUUAGUGAUCACGUCAUUUUCCUUCCUGUGAGAAUAACAUGAACCAGAAGGUGGUAGUUUUCCUUCUCCCAAAUUUUUUAUUCGGGAUAUUUCUUUAUGGAUUUUUCUCUAAGAGACAAAAAAACCUAACAGAUGCUUUUCCUGAUCCUACUGAAUAUUGGCUGGCAACUCAAAACAGUCGCAAAAACACACUGGGUUCUGUCUGCCUGAAGAAUAACCUUAAUAAACCAAGAAGCAAAUUGGAUUCUCAGGUUGCAAACCAGCUCUUUGUGGAGCACAAGCAUAAAUUUAUCUACUGUGAGGUACCCAAGGUAGGCUGCUCCAACUGGAAGAGAACUAUUUUUCUUCUUCAAUCAGGUUUGAAUGCAAAACCUUCUGAAAUUGAGCAUGAUGACAUCCACCAAACCUCACUGAUCAAAAGGCUGGCGACUUACCCUCCUGCCUUACAAAAGGAAUUUCUAAGCAAUUACACCAAAGUGAUGUUCACCAGACAUCCCUUGGAACGGCUGGUUUCAGCUUACAGAGACAAACUCCUGCACUCUGAGCCAUUCUACAGUAUCACUGUUGCUAAUAGGAUUAGGGCAAUGUUCAGGAAAAAUAAAAAUUCUACUGAAAAAGUGAGUUUCCAGGAGUUUGUCAACUUCAUUCUAGCAAAACCACCACAUACUCUCGACAUUCACUGGAAACCAAUGUUUCUGCUCUGUGAUCCUUGCAACAUUCACUAUGAUAUUUUGGGUAAGUAUGAAACUCUUGGGUUGGACUCUGAGCGUGUUCUGGAGGUCAUUGGUGCACCAGAGAGUCUGCAAUACCCCAGCUUGAAGAGAUAUGGGUCAGAGAAACGAACUUAUGGUGAUAUCACCUUGGAGUACCUCAGACAACUGACCUCGGAACAAACUGAGAAGAUAAAAAAAUUGUAUGAAAUGGAUUUUUUUUUGUUCAACUAUACUAUGAAAUAUGAGGAUUAUUUUUCCCUGAAUGACUAAUGUAGGUUAAACAAAGAAGUUUCCUUUGUACAAAAUGGGCAGAACUUGUCCUCACAGGUGCUUGAUUGGUGGGCUGGUGAUUGCUGCUGAAAUUAUCCUGGAGUUUGUAGAUAUGGUUUAUCAUCCUAAGCACGCUUAUAAAAAAUCCCUGCCAUAAUCUCUUGUACCAUGCAGAGCUUUACCUAUUAAAAAGAUUGUCUUCAUGUUCAUCUUUAA